AUGGGAUGUAAUAUGUGCGUGGUCCAGAAACCGGAGGAGCAAUAUAAAGUGAUGCUGCAGGUAAACGGGAAGGAACUCUCCAAACUAUCUCAGGAGCAAACUCUGGAGGCACUGCGCUCCUCCAAGGAGCCCCUGGUGAUCCAGGUGCUGAGACGCAGCCCCCGCCUCCGGGGGGAAAGCUCCUGCCACGACCUGCAACUGGUGGAUAGUGGCACUCAGACCGACAUCUCCUUCGAGCAUAUUAUGGCACUGGGCAAGCUGCGUCCACCCACACCGCCCAUGGUCAUCCUGGAGCCGUACGUCCUUUCUGAGCUCCCCCCCAUCGGCCAUGAGUAUUAUGAUCCGGCGGAGUUCAUGGAGGGCAGCCAACAGGAGGCAGACCGUGUGGAUGAGCUGGAGUAUGAGGAGGUGGAACUGUAUAAAGCCAGCCACCGGGACAAGCUGGGCCUGAUGGUCUGUUACCGCACAGACGAUGAAGAGGACCUGGGGAUCUACGUCGGAGAGGUAAAUCCCAACAGCAUCGCAGCCAAGGAUGGCCGGAUCCGUGAAGGGGAUCGCAUCAUCCAGAUCAAUGGAAUGGAUGUCCAGAACCGGGAAGAGGCAGUGGCAAUCCUGACCCAGGAGGAGAGCACCAACGUCUCACUGCUAGUGGCCCGCCCUGAGACAGAGCUGACCAAGCGAUGGAAGGACAGCGACCGAGAUGACUUCUUGGAUGACUUUGGCUCUGAGAACGAGGGAGAGCUGCGGGCUCGGAAGCCGAAAUCUCCCUCUUCCCAACAGCCUGAAAAGGUCGUGGAGAAGGGCACCCCCGAGGCAGGCCCCGGUCUGAGCAACAGCCAAGAACUCGACAGCGGGGUAGGCCGGACGGACGAGAGCACUCGCAACGAGGAGAGCUCGGAACACGACCUACUGGGGGACGAAGCCCCCAGCACCACCAACACCCCGGGCAGCUUACGCAAGUUCGGCCUCAAGAGCGAGGCCCUGCAGAGCCGCGACUUCCACUUCAGCAUGGACUCCCUCCUGGCCGAGGGAGCCGGGCUGGGGAGCGGGGACGUGCCGGGGCUGACCGACGAGGAGUACGAGCGGUACCGGGAGCUGCUGGAGAUCAAGUGCCACCUGGAGAACGGCAACGAGCUGGGCCCGUUCUUCCCCUGCGCCGGGGCCGGCAACAACGCCCUCGACGUCAACCGCAACGAGAGCAUGGGCCACGAGGUAGCCAUGUUGGAGGAGGAGCUGCGGCACCUGGAGUUCAAGUGCCGCAACAUCCUGCGGGCCCAGAAGAUGCAGCAGCUGCGGGAGCGCUGCAUGAAGGCUUGGCUGCUGGAGGAGGAGAGUCUCUACGACUUCGGAGCCGGUGAGCCCAAGAAGCACGAGCUCUCGGACAUCACGGAGCUCCCGGAGAAGUCCGACAAAGACAGCACCAGCGCCUAUAACACGGGCGAAAGCUGCCGGAGCACCCCGCUGCUCCUGGAGCCCCUGCUCGACAGCCCCCUGAAGCGUGGGGCCGACCCCAUCUUCAAGGCCGCCGGGCCCGCGGGGGAGAAGGCCCCUCCGGCCGCCUCCGCGAACUCCAACCUCAAUAGGACCCCGGCCCCCGCCGCCCCCCACAAGCCCGGCCCUCCGGAAGCCGGCCCGGCCCAGUUCCGUUCCCUCGCACGGGAUGCGGAAGGGAGCCGGAGGCAGCACUCGGAGGAGCGGCUCCGUCGCGGCCCCAAGGCCGGGGGGACGCUGGAGCGGGCCAGCGCCGAGGGCAGCCCUUACCUCUCCCGGCGUCACCGGGGGCAGGGACAGGCCAGUGAGCGCUACCACAGCUGCGUGCAGCUGGCCCCCACCCGCGGCCUGGAGGAGCUGGGCCGGAGCCCCCUGAGCCUGGCCAGCAUGUGCAAGGAUUCCCUGGGAGGCCCGAAGGUGGGAGGGCCCGCCGCCGAAACCCCCCGCAUGGAGUGGAAGGUGAAGGUGCGCAGCGACGGCACGCGCUACGUGGCCAAGCGCCCGGUCCGGGACCGCCUCCUCAAGGCCCGGGCCCUCAAGAUCCGCGAGGAGCGGAGCGGCAUGACCACGGACGACGACGCGGUGAGCGAGAUGAAGAUGGGGCGCUACUGGAGCAAGGAGGAGCGCAAGCAACACCUCAUCCGGGCGCGGGAGCAGCGGAAACGGAGGGAGUUCAUGAUGCAGAGCCGGCUGGAGUGCCUGAGGGAACAGCAGAAUGGCGAGAGCAAGCACGAGCUCAACAUCAUCGCCUUGAGCCACCGCAAGACCAUGAAGAAGAGGAACAAGAAGAUCCUGGACAACUGGAUCACCAUCCAGGAGAUGCUGGCCCACGGCACCCGCUCGGCCGACGGCAAGAGGGUGUAUAAUCCCUUGCUGUCCGUCACCACCGUUUGACCGCUCCAGGUCGACCAGAAGGGCAGCUGGGACCAGCCAGUGGAGGGGAGAGGGAGGGAGGGGACACGCCAACUAUCUUUGGGGUAAGUAUCAGACACCUAUAUCUCCGAGGGGCUGGGAAAUGUGGGAAAGAGGGGAGGGGGACUGGAGCAGACUUUGCUGCGCACAGAAGAAAGUUUCCUCAGCUUGAGCGGCCGGCACAGACUUAUUGCCAUCGCCUACAGCCUUGAGCACAGAAGGCCGGGCUUGGGGGUGGGCAGUAACCUCCGCACACACCCCCAUUUGCCGACAGACAAGAGGAACCCUGGUUUUGUGGUCUUUCUCCUCCUUUUUGUGCUUGCCAAUGUUCGUUUUUCUGUUUCGUCUACCUGCCCACGUUCGGGAUGGG